AUGUAUGCUGCUCCAGGGCUUGAUCAAGAUCAUCGGGAUCAAGAUACCUUUGAAUACCGUUUUACUCCCGCAUCAAUCCCCUUUUGUCCCACCUGUACUGAAACUACCAGCGGCUUGCACCUCUCAUCUUCCUCCAACUACUCAUCCCAACCCAAUACCCAGGCUUUGCCGUAUGGAUAUGACUCCGCAUAUAUCUCUAGCUCAACCUCUCAGCCUAAUAAUUCAACCUCCUAUCUGUCUACACCUUCAGCCUCCCAGUUGAACUCACACUCGCAGUACUCAACCUUCCAGCCACAGAAUCCGACUCAGCUACCACACCCAACUCAGGCACAGCGCUCAAAUCCGCAUCAGACCUUGACUUCUCAGCCACAGUGCUCGGCCCAGCCAAACUCCCAAUAUCCACAACUGUCCUUGGUCCCCAUGAAGUUUCAGCCCAGCACCAACCAGUCAAUCCUUACCCCAGCCUUUGGAUAUCAGCCGCCAUUGACGCACUUCAAUUAUUCACCACAGAGCUUUAUAGAUAAUCCAGGGGUCUCAAGUGGCCCAAAGCCAUUCGACUAUUGCAAUUUUUGGAACACCAAGCCGACCCAAUCACAAAACGUGAAGAAACCCCCGUCUGCAAGUCAGACGGAGUCUGGUUUCAGCUUUUCCUGCCCUUCCGGCAGCCAGCAAAAACCACUACCCCCACCGCCGCCUAGUCAACACAGCAGCCAGUUGGGCGCUCUGGAAAACCUGCAGCCCCCACCGCCCAUGCAAUUCAACACUCAAGAAAAACUGCCCCCCGGCCACCUGGACAACACACUGCACAGUGCCCUGGGAAAUGUCCAAUCUGGCGCCCAAGAAAACGCGCCGCCCCCGCCACCCACUCAAUUUGGCCAAUUUGGUCGGUCUACUUGCCCAUUCAACAUCCAAGAAACGCUGCCGCCCCCGCCCCCUGAAUAUGGCCAGUCUACCCAGUUAAAGCUGCAGCUCCCACCCCCUCCCCUGACUUGCUUUGGGCAGUCGUCACUCCCCACCACCACUUUCAAACCACCAACUAUGGAGCCCACAAGAAAUAAUCCUUUCAUGCCAGAGGUGUCACCGUCGCAUUCAAGGCCACCGCCACCACCCCCUAAAUCCAACCUAUGGGGUUCCAAACCCAGUGGAUCCAUCUUCCAAGCCUUGGCUACCCCUUUACCGCUAUCAACCCAGCCCGACCAACCAACCUUCAACAGCUUUGUCAGUUCAAAGCCACCUCAGUACACUGCGAUCAGGAGCGCAUGCAAGUCUCCGAAAUCAUUCUCCGCGUACGACUUCAAGGUUUCUUCUCCACCCUCUUCCCCCACUCGGACUACUCCUGGAGAUUCCAUCCUGGACGAUCUAUCCAAAGAAGUCUCCAAUAUCAAGAUUACCCGCCCCGUUGUCCCGAUCCCUCAAAAAAACAGUGGCGCCAGCAAAAAAGUCCGCUUUGCUGACGUCUCUUUCAUGAAUGCAAUACUAGCCGACUUUCUUGGGGAAACGGUCAACCAUCAAAUUGACCCGCAGCUGUUUGCCAUUCAAACUCAACCCGUUUCUCGAGUGCCACCCAUUUCUCAAGCGCCACCCGUUUCUCAUGUGCCACCCGUUUCUCAUGCGCCACCCGUUUCUCAUGCGCCACCUGUUUCUCAAGCGCCACCCGUUUCUCAAGCGCCACCCGUUUCCCAAGCUCCACACGUUCGUUCCACGGCUGCAGCUGCUGCUUCCACAAAAACAGCUGCUGCUCCAUCAAAUGGAGCAGCUGUCCCAUUGAAUGCGGCCCGUGCACUCCCUGCUUCCAUCCAUGCACCUUUGGCUGCUCCUGGUUUACCAGUUGCCUCAUUGUCUUCUGCCCUUCCAUUGACUUCUGCUAUCCCAUUGACUGCCCCCCUUUAA